CACGUGUCGAAAGGUUGCCCGAUAGGGGGGGCUAAAACGCAGGCCCCCUUUUCAUUAAUGAGGCAUUGUAGCCUUCGUGGUUUGUUUCUGCGAGUCUGACCUUGUUUUUCUGCUUGUGCGACGUAGUAGCGAAACGAUUUGCAGCAUGUCUAAGGAGGCCCCGCGGGAACCGGAGCAGCUUCGGAAGCUGUUCAUAGGGGGACUUAGCUUUGAAACCACCGAUGAGAGCCUGAGGGCUCACUUUGAGCAAUGGGGAGCCCUUACGGACUGCGUGGUGAUGAGGGAUCCCAAUACAAAGCGUUCAAGAGGAUUCGGGUUUGUCACAUAUUCUUCAGUGGAGGAGGUGGAUGCAGCCAUGUCUGCCCGACCUCACAAGGUGGAUGGCAGGGUGGUAGAGCCAAAAAGGGCGGUGUCCCGAGAGGACUCCUGUAGACCUGGUGCUCACAUGACUGUGAAGAAGAUCUUUGUUGGUGGCAUCAAGGAAGACACUGAGGAGCACCACCUUCGGGAUUACUUCAAGCAGUUUGGCAAGAUCGAAGUGAUCGAGAUCAUGACUGACAGAGCCAGCGGAAAGAAGAGAGGCUUCGCCUUUGUGACAUUCGAUGACCAUGAUUCGGUUGACAGGAUCGUCAUUCAGAAAUACCACACAGUGAAUGGGCAUAACUGUGAAGUCAGAAAAGCUCUAUCAAAACAAGAAAUGAUGACUGCCGGGAUGAAUAUGAGAGGACGGGGGGGCGGCGGCGGCGGUGGAGCUGGAAACUUCAGCCGCGGUGGUGGAUAUGGAGGUGGCUUUGGAGGAGGGAGAGGCAGUGGGAGCAACUACGACGGAGACGAUUACAACGGUUUUGGGGGUGAUGAUGGAUACAGUAGCGGCCCUGGCUAUGGAGGGAGCCGUGGGUAUGGUGGAGGCCAAGGGUAUGGGAACCAAGGAGGGUAUGGAGGAAAUGGAGGGUAUGAGAACUACAACCAUGGUGGAGGAGGCGGGAACUUCGGCAGUGGGAACUUCGGGGGGGGCGGCGGCGGCGGAGGCAACUACAAUGACUUUGGCAAUUACAACAGCCAGUCCUCUUCAAAUUACGGCCCGAUGAAAGGGGGCGGCGGGGGCUUUGGAAGCAGGAACAGCGGCGGCCCGUACGGCGGUGGUUAUGGGGGCGGCUCUGGUGGCUACGGCGGGGGGUCUGGAGGCCGCCGGUUCUAAUUGAGAGGUAAGCACAGCAUUGCUCUGAUUGGCUGGUCACUUGUAGCUUUAGUUCCUUACUGUAACUUGAUUUGGCAACAAUUCAGAGUAUUUGUAGAUCCCAUAAGGCCAUUGAGACUCGUUUAAAGGAAUAUUGUGCGCUUUGUAUUUUGUUCUACUUUUUAGUCUUUUAUUUGCGUAAACAUUUGAAUUGAGGGACCCAGCAGCAAACCUUCAUGUUUGUUGUUCCAAACUCUUGGAGUUGGAAUCCCGAAUUGGAAUUGAUUUUAAAUUUAAAUAUCGGUUUUUGGACCUUGCUUCCCAAAGCGAAAGACAACAGUCUGAAAAUCUGAAGGCUUGCUUCUGAUUUCUGUGGCCCUAUUAAGCAGCUUUUCUUGAAGGAGGACAGUGCCCAGUUUAACAAUGUUGUUCCAUAUUGUCCAACAGGAAUCAGUACUUAGGAGAGGAGAGCCAGAGAAGUGACAGGGAAGGUUUACUGCCUAUUUCUGCUCAGCCAAGCACAGUUGUGGCAGGUUACAGCUGCGACAUGAAGAGAAGUGCUCAUAAAAUAGAGAAGAAAAAUCAUGUCGGAGGCGGGGGGUGGGGUGCUCAUGUAGUUGCUUUUUUGUGUGAAGUGUAAAACAUUCCAGGGGUUUUAUGUAGUGCUUUUUUUUUUUUUUAAAUGCCCAUCUGGUGUUUUUAAUGUAACAGACAAAUCAAGUUGAAAUAAACCAUCUUUCAGUUUUUUUUAAAAAAAAUAAAUGUGCGUUUAAUUUAACAUAGGUGGAAGAUUUCAAUAUGGUGUCCUUUAAAGGGAAAGGCUCGGUAGCCUUUGAGUUGCUGUCCAUCUGCUUAAUCUGGUCGCCUGCGAAUUUGCCAUCCUGUUCUGUAAAAUGCCACAGCCCUCCUGUGGCGACCGGGUUGCGAUGAUGGUCGUCAUUCUUGUGUUAUGAAGACUUUUCUGCGUGUGUGGUGUACUGUAAAUCCUGCCUUUUACAAUCGUACCACAGAACUGCAUGGAGUAUGACUGUGGUUCCAAUAGCCUUGGUCUUUAUUUAUUUUUAUUUUUUUUUUUUGCAAAAUACAGCAUGCAAAAGGGUUUCGAAUUGAGUCUAGAUCUUAAAGCAUUGUUCAGAUUCCUCCAGCACUAUAUAUGGUUGGCAUGGUCUUGGAAGCCUCGUCUCUCCAUCAAAGACCUUUCGAUGUUCAAAGCGGGACAGGAAAGCCAUUCCUAGGCCUGUAGCUACCGUCACUGUGGUGCUGCCGGCUAGCUUACAUGCAGAGCUUGAGGCUUAGCCACAGAAGCCAGCUGAGGGAAAGAAGUAGCAAGAUCUUCGCAAGAAGCCAGUGACACAGGGACGAAUCUGAGUACAGAAGGUUGGUCUUUUAAGAAUAGACAGCAUCAGCUACAAGGGGUAUUUUAUACCAUGCUAGUAGGUAAGAACAGAUUUUUCAACUUUACUAUUUGUAUGUUUGCCGAAAUACUGAAUAGCAGAUCAGAGUUUGUUUCACACAGUGCGCUCACUUGAAGUGGUGAAAUUUGAGUCUUGUCUCUUUCCUUUUUAAGGGGUAAUGUUCUCUGGGUGAGUACGGGGUACAGCUCUGUAUGAGCGGUCAUUUGAUCUCCCUGUUUGAUACAAACCCUGACUGCUUGAAUCGACACUAUUAAUGCUUAAAUUGUCUGGAUUUUUGGUUCUGAAUUGUGUUCAGAUAUCGGCCAUUUUGGUAAAAUCUUGUCCGCUCGUAGCAGUAAUGCAUGCACCUUGUUUGGUAGGACAUGUUUGCGAAGCCAGGGUUUAAUGCUAAAACAUCGAAGCAGCAAAAUUUUAGUCAUGUUGUCAUCAAAGUUUCUAAGUUUCUAAUAUUCCUUUCGUUCUUCUUUUCAGCCGUGUGAAUAAUGUCGGCACGACGAAUGCUAGACGUCUGCGCUUCCUGCACUUUUCUCAAGGGAAAGCUGAAAGGACCUGUGUAUGGGAUCACCUUUUGAAGCUGUAGCUGCUGGGCAGCCUUUUUAUGUAAUAAAACUUUUAUAAUA